UCAAGUUCAGAUCCUCCUUGUUUAAUGUUCAGAACUGAACGUUUAAAAGUCCUCGCAGUGGAAAUCGAGGUAUCUGUAUCUACGUUGAAUUACCGACAGGAAUAACUUUAUUUUGAAGGAAGUAAAGCUUUGAAUAAAGGACGCCAUUAUUUUUUUAUGAACGACAUUAUUUAUUUAGACUUUCACUCGUAAGUUGGCGCUUUUUGAAUCGAUUUUGAAGGUAAUAAUAAUGAGUUCAAAAUCACUAACGUUCGUCACCGGCAACGCCAAGAAGCUCCAGGAAGUGGUGGCCAUACUCGGGGACAGCUUCCCUGUCAGCAUCCGGAGCCUGGGAGUGGACCUGCCUGAGUACCAAGGCGACGCGGACGAAGUGACGCGUCAGAAGUGCAGAGCUGCAGCGCAGCACGUCAAAGCUCCUGUCGUUAUUGAGGACACUUGCCUGUGUUUCAACGCCCUGGGGGGGCUGCCGGGGCCUUACAUCAAGUGGUUCUUGGAGAAACUUGGCCCCGACGGCCUCUACAAGCUCCUGGCUGGCUUUGAUGACAAGAGUGCUGUUGCUCAGUGCACAUUUGCGUACUCGUCCGGCUCAGAUGACGCGGAGGUGCUGCUCUUCCACGGACGCGUGCCAGGCGCCAUCGUCGCUCCCCGCGGGGAGACACGCUUCGGUUGGGACCCUUGCUUCCAGCCCGACGGAUUUACCGAGACUUUCGCUGAGAUGAGCGCAGAGACGAAGAACGGCAUCUCGCACCGACGCCGCGCGCUUAACGCCCUAAAGGAAUACUUCGCUGCAGACGAGGGCCUGACGCGUCUACGAGCUGACCUGCUGCAGGACGACCUGCACACUGAUGCUGCAGGACGACCUGCGCACUGAUGCUGCAGGACGACCUGCGCACUGAUGCUGCACGACGACCUGCGCACUGAUGCUGCAGGACGACCUGCACACUGAUGCUGCAGGACGACCUGCACACUGAUGCUGCAGGACGACCUGCACACUGAUGCUGCAGGACGAUCUGCACACUGAUGCUGCACGACGACCUGCGCACUGACGCUGCAGGGUGCUGCACUCUUCACGAUGAUCUCAGUUCGGUGUUCCAGGAUUAAUCGAACAAUAAUCAGCUUGUUAUAUAAAUUCCUGUUUCGUUAGAUAUUUUCAUCACUUGAAGUAGAUAUCGAGUUAAGUAUGCGUGUUAAGACUUGUGGGACCGCGAAACAAGAAAUAAUCUGAUUUUACUCCAUUUCUUCGAAAACGUAUGGUUGUGAGGUAAAAUUUCUCUAAUUGUAAUUGUUGGUCAUAGUUCUGCUAAAUUAUAAAAUAACAUAAUUUCCAAACUCAGAAUACAUUUUUCUGAGCUCGGAUUAUCAAAUUUCAGUAUUGAUAUUUUUAUUUUGUUAAUUUCGAUGUAACUAUUACAAGUAUUGUUAUUUCACAACGUUUUAUAAGUCGUUGUUUGAGAUCAUCAGCUGGUCAGGGUAAGAGUGCAUAUGACGGUGUUUUUGAUUUAUUCCAUUUGAAGUGAUUUAGUUAAUUUACAUGUUUUCAAACAAGGCACAAAUAAGCGCACCUGUGAUAAAUAUAAUGAUCGAAGUUGA